GGCUGCUUGUGGUUGUACUGCUGCUGGUUGGUUGUACUGCUGGUGGUUGUAGCUGCUGCUGCUUGUGGUUGUACUGCUGGUGGUUGUACUGCUGCUGGUUGUACUGCUGCUGCUUGUACUGCUGCUGCUGCAUGUGGUUGUAACUGCUGCUGGUUCUGCUGCUGCAUGUGGUUUUAGCUGCUGGUGAUUGUGGUUGUAGCUGCUGCUUUUUGUGGUUGUACUGCUGCUGGAACUGCUGCUGCUGCAUGUGGUUGUAGCUGCUGCUGCAUGUGGUUGUAACUGCUGCUGCAUGUGGUUGUAACUGCUGCUGGCUGUACUGCUGGUGGUGCUGCUGGUGUAUGCCGGGACUGCCUACCCACAAAGCGCCUCCGAUCGGCACGGCCGCCUCACGUGACGGUGGCUCAAGAAGUUGACCCCCCACGCGUACGGAAGCCGCCACCACCGCCACCACCACCACCGCCAUCACCAUCACCCACCACCACCACCGCCGCCACCCCAGUGUUGUUGGGGGGGGCUGCCGCUGCUAGAUGUCGUCUCCACACGCCUUGUCCGCGCUGCUCGCCGGCGCCCGCACAAGGCCCCGAGUCGUCCCGGCAGCAGCAGCGGCAGCAGCAGCGGACGUGGAGCGGGAGAGCGGCUCCGACAGCGGGUUAGAAGAUGCCCCGCCACGCCGGCCGGCGUCACUCCCCUCCACGCGGGUCUGCCCCGUCCCUACCACCACGGCCGCCCCUGUGUCUGACCCAGCCCGGCUGCGGGGGUUCGCCGAGCAGGCAGACGAGCGAGUGGGCGAGGGGACGGGCGGAGAGCAGCUGGAAGUCCUGUACCGGGAAGCCGUCAAGAGGGCCCAGGAGCAACGGUCUCCUUCCCCUGAGACCCCCAGGAAGGACGAGGGGAGCUCGCCGGAGCCGUCCGCGAAGGCAACGCCGGCGCGGUGGAGCGAGCACACAUGGGGCGUCGACAACCGCCGUGAUGCCGCGUCCAAGCCACCGUUGCGCAGCUCAGCGGGAAGGUUUCACACUGGGACCAGCAGCAGCGGCAUGCGCGUCAGCUCCCACUCUAAGCCCUGGCGCUCGCUGCUCGAUCUCGGGUCGUGGGACGACUCGGGGGUGGACACCCCGCCGGCCGUGAGGCGAGUGCUUCAGCUGUGGCAAGGCUUCCGUCUGGAUGACUACGCGGCGUUUCACAGGCGCCCGGAGCCAAGGCCUAAGCCUCGGAGCGCCUCGUGCGCUCGCUCGCCCAAAGUCACCAUCCCCAAGCCCUUCUCGCUGGUGCAGCGCGAGGUGGAGCGGGAGGCGGCGCGGGGGACGCGGCGCCGCCGCCUGGCGGAGGAGCUGGCGCAGCUGGCGCUGGAGCGGAGGCAGCGCGAGGAGGCGGAGUGCGCCGUGAGGGUGCGCGCGGCCCCCGUGCCGGCGCGCAGCCUGCUGCCCCUCUACCACGAGCUGCGCGAGCGGGCGCAGCGGCGCAGCCUCGACAACCGCUCUGCGCGCAAAGAAGAACUGCGGGCAUCGCUGAAGCCGUUUGAGUUUGCGGAGAGGGAGGAGAACAAGAGAGAGGAGGAGAGAGUGCGUCCACGGCACAACUUGGAAAAGGAGGUUCCAUCUAAGUCCCGGCGCGCGGGCUCGGCAGAGCGACCGGCCCUGCGAGCCGUGCUAGACCCCAGCGUGAGCGAGCGGCUGGCGGCUGAAGAGCUUCUGCGGCGAGUGCGGGCCGGCAUGCGUGCCCAGGAGCUCCUGGAGAAAGCGGCCAUUCCACCCGGACUCCACGCCCACAUCGCAGAGCAGGCCCGGGGCAGGUCACGCACGGCACCCAUGGCAACCCGCUGCUCGGAGCCGUCGUUUCGCCCGCGCGUGCACCACAGCGUGCCCGACUUCCAGCGCCUGCUGCGCGACUUCCAGCGCAGCUCGCUGUCCCGCUCGGCCCCGCCGCCGCCCGCCGCCUGUGCUCCCUUCGCGCUGCGCACGACGGAACGCGGGGAGAAGAGGGCCGCCGCAGCCACGGCCUCCGCCGGGAGGGACGAGCGGCCAAGGGCCUUCCGCUCGAGCCCAUGCCCCGCGGCGGCCGACUGGAUCCCAACUCGCAGCAACGACGCGGCGAGGCGGCGGCACGAAUCCAUACGCAGUAGGGCGUUGGAGGGCAGAGAGCGGAAGGAGAGGGAUGAGGAGGAGAGGGCGAAGACGAGGAGGGAGAGGGAGAAAGCGAUGCGUGCCGACCUCUUGCGACGGGCGCGCGCCAACGACCCUCAUCGCAGCCUCGCCGAGAGCCACCCCGGAAAGCUGAGACAGAUUAAGGAACAGGACAAGAAACGCACUCACGAGUACAGCACAGAGCUGCAGGCCAUGAAGGAUCGUGUGGCCAGAAGACCUCUCCUGCUGGAGCAAGUCACCCAGAGGAACGCCAAGAGGCAGGCGGAGCGGCGCUAUCGGGAGGCGCUGCGGGAAACCGGGAUGGAUGAGGAGUUUGUGCGCGAGCUUGGAAGCGGGGCGGCCGGCGGGGAGACGGCCGGGCCCGCUGAUGAAGACGGUAACGACGACGAUGAUGACGAUGGUGUCGAUGGUGCGAGCGACACGGGGAUGACGGGCGGCGUUCCGGACUCUGGCGGCCAAGGAGACUCCCAGGCCUCGCGCCCUCUGCAGAACAGCAGAGACGACAAGAGUGAAGAUGUGAAAGAGAGCCAAGAGAGCGAUGAGGGUGACUUCGAAGAUCAUCGGGAAGAGGGUGACAAAGAGGAUGCGAGCGAAGGUGAGGACGAUGCGGAUGAGCGUCAGUGAUGCCGGACGAUGUGACGAAGGCCCAUCCCGUGCACUUUACACUCAGGAAGUGAAAGUCUUUAAUAUCAUCGACAACGGAAUCACCGACAAUGGAAUGAGCAUGCCUAGACCUUUAAAAGCCAGAGGCACGUUCACCAAUGUAACUUUACAUAUAAAGUGGUUACUGGCAAAACACGAUGUAAUUGCCAAUGUAGGACGCGCCUGCAAACAAAAAGAGUCUUUCGACUUAGUGUGGCUUGCCUAGAGUAAAUAUGUAAUGAAUAAUUAUUGCAUCGAUCAUAGGGAAUUGCUUGUCGAGGUUUCACUGCACGUAGUUCUAAGAAUAUCCACAAGAUGGCACUCCAACACCACUCAACGAAUGCACGAGGACUAACAGUAGACGUCUCAACACAUCAACAAGCUAGCUCCACGCUUUGCAGAGCAAUUUGUUGGACAGCAACAUUUGUUUAAACAAACGCUCGACUUUCAGCGACUCAUCAGGCUUGUUCUGUUUGUUUAUGAACAGAGGUCUAUGUACUUUAUUAUUUCAAUGCUCCCCCCGCCCUGUUCAUGCUGUACAGGGCGGUCCAGAUAUCUUGUGCCUCCCAAUUCAUUAACCCCUAACAUUUGUUUUUACUUUGCAUAUUAAUUUGUGUUUUACAUCAACCUUACUUAAAAAAUAUAUAUAUUAGGUUUUCGAGAAUUAAGGGUCAGAAGACAUCUGGACUACCUUGUCGACUGGUCUGCCAUUUGUUGGUUUGGUAUUGGCACCAGAUUUUUUUUGUGAUAUGCUUGUACUUACCUUCGGUGAGGGGUGUAAAGAUGCAUCGGAAGGCAUCACGGUGGUGAGAUGUUACCUACCUCGCCUGGUGUACAGGGGGUCGUGGGUUCGAUUUGGAGUUUGCACGGUUGCGUGGAUUUUUAUCCGAGUCCUCUGAUUUUUCCCUCUACAUUUAUAAACACUCGGUUAGAAUAUUUGGUUGCUGCUAUACAUUUCCACGUGAUAAGCCACUUCGUUUAGCUAUCAUUUGUGACUUGGUUACUUCUGAAAAAGAGAUAUUUAGCUCAGUGGCGCCUGGCCUGCUAAAAUAGAUUCAUCACCUCAUGCCGAUUUGUAAGGCUCAAAUCACACGUGUAAGAAUCAACAUGUUUAGAUUUAUACAAAUUAUUUGCAAACGGUAUGCUUCGUUAGCGAAACUGUGAUUAGUGCGUAACAUUUGCAUUUGUUUUGCAUACAUGUUAGAUAACAGAUUCUUACACGUGCAAUGUUUAUACGUAUAUCAUCGGUGUAAGUAUUUCAAUUAAAUGAUGAAUGAUUGUCUGUUGCUGGUUCAGUAUUGGCACUAGGUGUUGAAUGAAAUGUGCCGAUAACCAAUAACUCAAGGUAUAAUAAUGCAUGUCAUGCAAUCCUGUAUUUGCAAAGUAAUGCAAUCUGAUUUCUUGAUUACCUUUAUUAAUACUGUCUUAAAAUUACUAUGUUACGAUUAAACUAAGUUCAAGAAUCACGGCGGUGUAAUGAUUGUAGGCUGUAACCUAUAUGCAUCUGUUGCAGUUGUCCUCACAUUAACUCAGGCUUCUGGCCCAGCAAUGUCUUAUGUAUAGUUGUAUUUGAAUAUUUUGAAUAUAUAUUUUUUUUAUCAAAGUAAUUGAGGUGGUCGAUUAGCUAAGAAGUCAAGAGUGCUGCAUUAGCACCUCGGAGAUCUGGACGUCUAUGAAAAAGAGCUUCACAGCUCACCGGAUUCCUCCACUCAAUAAAUAUUCUGAUUAAACUGGGUCAUUAAGUGCAGUGAGUCGAUGGCCUCAGUCUGGUUACCGAAGGCUACGUGAAAAAAAACAUUAUGUAAAAUUUGGUUCUGCACUUAAUUUGGCAAAAUUUCAGCCUCUGAGAAUACAAAUGUUAGUUUGACCGGCAUGCGACGAACCUCACUCUCAUAUGCAGAGCGGGAUAAUGCUGCCCUCUAUUCUGUGUGGACCAGAGGUCACUUGAAGGAAUCUCAGAGGUAACUCUGUGAUAUCCACUUCCAUCGGACGUUCUCCAAGAUGAAGGUUUGCACCGCGCUGCAAGAGACUCGAAAUGAUUCUCGGCCUUGUGAAGUGACGCCAAAUUAGAUAUUUUUUCCAACAUGAACGUAAUCAUCGAAUACAAGUUAUGGCAAUCUGUUUGGCAAUACUUUCAUUUGCCGACUGAAAUUGGAUUACAGGUACCAUCUUUUUUUUGUAAUAUAAGAGUAAUGCGUUAGUUGUACAGUAAAGCCUUGGAUUGCGAGUAACGUGGUCUGGGAGUGUUUUGCAAGACGAGUAUUUUUUUAAAAUAAAUAUUUAUUUGAUAAACGAGUGAGGUCUUGCAAUACGAGUAGUACGUGUAUACGCUUUGUCUGCCGAGCGUCACGUGACCACAACUGAUAUACGAGUGCUUUGGAUUACAAACACGUUUCCGGAACGAAUUAUGCUCGCAAUCCAAGGUUUCACUGUAUUAGUAUUCCCCAGGACUGUGGUUACAUGUGAGAACGUGGUCUAACCUGGUGUAUGCUGUAUUUUGACACCAGCCACCUAUCUUUAUUUUUUAGUAAUCUAAUGACAAGUGCUGCGUUAGUUGUAUUAUUAUUCCCCAGGAAUGUGGCUACAUGUGAGAACGUGGUCUAACAUGGUGUAUUCUGUACUUCUGACACCAGCCACCUCGGCUGUUUUACAGCCUUAAGUUACUUAUCUCACCCCACCUGACGUGCGUGACUCACGAGAAGGUUGCUGCAGCAGAUACAUGUGCAUAAACAUUGCUCGUUCUGAUUUUGAGCAUGGUUCCAUUUUUUUUAAUGAAAGGGCAACACCGGGAGAGAAAAAAAAAAAACUUGGUUCAGGAAGGAAUAAUUUUCGAUUUAAAGCUUUCGUGACUGCAGGGAUUCAUAUUCUGGGAUCUUUCGGUAAAGUCACGCAGAAGGGAAAUAAUAAAAUAAUAAAAAUAAAACAUAAUAAAAUUCUCACGACGUCUCGGCCACAACACAAGCAGCCGUCCUCAGGUGAAGAACAGAGCUGUCGGAUAAUGUCACACAAUACCAGGAUUUAUCUCAAAACCGUUGUCAUUUUAAUUGUUAAAAAAGUACCGACUUGGCAAUGGGGUUAUUGGAAACAUAUGUAAUUGUGUGUGAAUAAUAGAAUGACAUUACUUAAAUCAAGUUACACGUAUAUUUAUUCAUAUGGCUCGCAGCUUGCGGUCAAGCUGUCUCUUUUCAGAUUAUUGAGAUUAUCUUUUGAACAGUUUCAUGGAAAGUGUGGUCUCUUCGUGAUUCAUCAAUGCUCUUCAUGCCUUUAAAAGAAUAAGGAAUAUCAAUCCUCAUGUAAUCCAAUGAAAUUUGAGUUUCAAAUGUCCCAGAAUAAUGGCUGAGUGGUACCUAUUUUAUACUUCACAGCUCUUUACAAUCCACUGCUGGAUGAAACCCUCCCAGCAACUAUGUCAAUCCUGGGGGUAGUUAGACCAUAUUCAGUGCAAGUUGGUGAAGGUCGGGGGGGGGGUGGCGGGCGAUGGUUUAGAGAGGGGACAGGACUGGUUCAGAUAUCACUUUGCCACUGACGUUAGCCGUGACGGGUAAUAGAAGUCAGGUUGUCUCAUUCAUAAUGUAGUGUGCUUACCACUGCGACACCGCUGUACCCCCACACAAUGCUAAUAUUGACUAAUUUUUUAAAUACACGUGACAACAAUGAGGCACAUGAGUAUGCUUUAUUUAUAAACGGAUACAUUUAGUCUAUGCCAGGAUCAAAGGUGUUCUCACCUUAUUCGUGUGCUUGAAUUCUGUAUCAUGCAAUAUUGUUGUAUAACCGUGUGCACGUGAAUGUAUACAUGUUUAAGGAGUGCCACCUGCUCAAGUCGAGUACACACACGUGUACUGAGAUAACAUUGUACAAAGUAAUACAAAUAAAAAAACAUCUGGAUGUUGUGUUCUGCGUAAGUGUUAUUAUCUCGAGAUUUACCUCUGGGCACUUUAGAACCAGAAAAUUCCUGCCUCAAAGUGAAUUUACCCAACUAGUUCUAUACUGCUUGAUUUUUUUUUCCAGCCUUGCCCACCUUCGUUGGUGAAAUGGACAUACAGUAGUUGUAUAUGUGCGGAGAGGAGCUGGCUAUAUUGCAGUGGUUUUUUCACUACGCUACAAUCC